AUGAAUAGAACACGGGUAGACGAGUUAUACGUUGAAAUGGAUCCAUCAGAACGUUACGGACGGUUGAAAGAUGUUUUGGGCAAAGGCGCAAUGAAAAUGGUGUACCGAGCAUUCGACGAGCAUUCUGGGACGGAAGUAGCUUGGAAUCAGGUCAAACUUAAUGAAAUGUUCGAUUCGCCCGAGUCCCUAAACCGUCUCCACUCGGAGGUCCUCCUCCUCAAGACUCUCGAUCACAAAUCCAUCAUGAAAUUCCGGGCCUCAUGGGUCGACCCGGCCCACAAAACCUUCAACUUCAUCACCGAGCUCUUCACGUCCGGCACCUUACGAGAGUAUCGAAAGAGGUACAAGCGGGUGAGCAUACGGGCAGUGAAAGAUUGGGCCCGCCAAAUUUUAAACGGUCUCGAGUAUUUGCAUAGCCACGACCCGCCCGUUAUCCAUCGGGACCUAAAGUGUGACAAUAUUUUCAUCAACGGCCAUCUUGGCCAGGUCAAGAUCGGUGAUCUUGGGCUGGCUGCAAUACUUCAUGGGUCCCACCGUGCCCACAGUGUCAUAGGCACGCCCGAGUUUAUGGCGCCAGAGCUAUACGAAGAGGAAUAUGACGAGCUCGUUGACAUUUACUCCUUCGGCAUGUGCGUGCUUGAGAUGAUCACCUCAGAGUAUCCGUACAGCGAGUGCUGGAAUCCAGCUCAGAUUUACAAGAAAGUGACAUCGGGAAAGCUACCAAAGGCAUUUUACCAUAUUGAGGAUCCCGAGGCAAGGAGAUUUGUCGGGAGGUGCUUGGAAAGAGUUCCUCAUCGGCCAUCUGCUCGGCAACUCUUGAUGGAUCCAUUUCUAUCAGUUGACGAGGUUGAUGAAAAUUUACCCGUCGUAAAAAAAAUCCCUCCGGACGUGAACUUACUGCUGAGGAGGAGCACGGAAAUGAAAAUUUCAGGGACGAUGAAUCCGGAGCACGACACUGUCUUUCUCAAAGUACAGAUUUCGGAUCACAAAGGUCCUGCGAGAAAUAUAUUUUUCCCGUUUGACAUUACAGGAGAUACCCCGGUUGAUGUGGCCACGGAAAUGGUGAAGGAACUAGAGAUCACAGAUUGGGAACCGAUAGAAAUUGCUAAUAUGAUUGAGAAAGAAGUCUCGGCUUUGGUCCCGUCCCUUAAGUAUACUGUCUCCUCGAAUAUACACGAGCAGCAGAGUUUCUACUACAACGAAGAUGAUAGUGACGAAAAUACCCCUCGCCACCCUUUCUAUCAUGCAUCCUCUUUCUCUUCCUCCCAAGAUUCCCUUCCGGGCCUGUUUACUUCCGAAGAUGACCGGUUUUAUCAAGUGAAUUUGCAACACGAUUGGCUUCAAGAGGCAGAUUUUCACGACGAUGCAAGUUCCCAAAGCUCGUCCUGUUCCGAAAUGUACAGAAAUUUAAGUUACUACUCAGCGAAUGAGGAUGAUCUCGUGCAAAUCUCUCUCAACAAAGAUGCAGUUUUCCCUUCAAAGAGUUCGAAAUGCACCAGGUUCAAACCGGGGGAAAACACAGCCCAAAAUUGCAAUAAUUUUAAUGUAUUGAAUUAUAGCUCAAAAUGCCAGCAGAAAAUGCCGAGAGCCAUGUCAUUCAUGGACAUUCGAAGCCAACUGUUGCACAAGACUCUUGUAGACGAGAUCAACAAGAGGCGGCUGUUCAAGACUGUAGGGGCAGUCGAGCACGUAGGAUUUCAAGACCCGGAAAGCUAUUCAGGCGGCCUUUUCCCGGGAAAAUCUGUCAAGGGCAAAUCAGUCAAGAGGCUCUGA